UCCAGGAAGGCGGGGCGGCGGCGGGGAGGGAAGAGGCCGAGCGAGGGGCGGGGCGCGGUGUUACCCCCCGCCCCGCUGAGGAGGCCGAGGUCGGUGCGGCUCCCUCGGCUCCUCCGCGCCCUGCCAGUCCGGCGCUGGGGGCUCGCCGGCGGCUGGCUCGGUGCAGCCGGGCAGCAGCGAGCAAAGAGGAUGCCGCCGCCGCCGCCGCCUCCGCCCGCUCCCCCGGUGCCGGCCCCGGGAGCCGUGCUGGAUCCCUCAGGACAGUUUGCAAAACGAAAGAAGACUUCGCUUUGGUUCACAGUUUCUCUGCUGGUAGUGUCUGUGUUCGUACUGACCAUAGGACUUGCAGCUACCACAAGAACAGAAAAUGUUACCGUUGGAGGCUAUUACCCAGGAAUCAUUCUUGGCUUUGGAUCUUUCCUAGGGAUUAUUGGAAUCAACCUGGUAGAGAACAGAAGGCAAAUGUUGGUAGCAUCCAUCGUGUUUAUCAGCUUUGGAGUGGUAGCAGCAUUCUGUUGUGCAAUAGUUGAUGGAGUCUUUGCCGCACGACAUAUAGACCCUAGGCCUCUGUACACUAGAAGGUGUCAGUUUUAUUCAAGUGGAAUAGGAUUCUUAUAUGAUGCCUACCAGACAGAGGUAACGUGUUAUACCUUAAACAGCAAGUGCCAGCUGAGAGUAAAGAGCAAUACAUGCUAUUGCUGUGACCUGUAUAAUUGUGAAAAUUCAGAACAGUCAACCAGCUACUACGAGUUUCUUGGAGUGAAGAGCUGUCAGGAUGUGGUUCACUUGUACCGGCUGCUGUGGGCCUCCACAGUCCUGAACAUCGUUGGCUUGUUUCUUGGGAUAGUCACGGCAGCCAUACUUGGGGCCUUUAAAGACAUGGCACCUCUGUCCCAAAUUGCCUUUAGUUCUGCCCCUCCUCCUCAGAUUUUGUACAAUCCAGCCCAGCAGAUCCUGACAUAUGCCAGUUUUUGUCCCUCUGCGGCAGCUAUUUCUGCAUAUCCAUCCUAUCCUUUACCUUUCCAGCCUGCAAGCCAUUUUCCAGCAUCAUCAUCUACUGAUAUUUCUUUAUCUGAUGAUACUCAGCCUCCAUCUCAGUCCAGCUCAAACUAUGGUCUCCCACCCAAUGCCCCGCCACUAUACACACCAACUUACUUCCUGCCGGAAGAAAAGCCUCCACCCUAUGCACCCUAGAACACAGAAUUAUAUUUUAACUGAUUUUUUUUUUAAAAGACAUCUUUAGAAACACUGAGCUGCAUGGGCAGCAGACUAUUAGGAAACCGUUUUGUGUUUAUGAUUGUUCUACUUUUAACCCCAACUCACUGUGAGCUAACCAGAAUCCUGGAAACCUAAGGAAGGCACGUCACCAAAGGAAGGUAUCAGUCACCACACAGUUUGCAUGUAGUCAAUUGGGACAUUAUUGUCUGGCUAACAUGAGCAUGAUUUUCUCUCUUAGCAUAAUACAUAAUGACUUUUUUUUUCCACUAGAAGAAACAAAGAAACACUUUGGAUACUUUCCAUUUUCAUAAACCAGUUCAGAGUGAUUUAGAACCGUUGUAGUCUGGUGGAUACAAGUGGGUAGUCUGGAUUGAAAGAAACCAGAUUUUCUUUCCCUUAUACUAUUCAGUUAAUAGCCCCUUUUUGGUAAAAAUGUUGUUCCAAUAAAUACUGUGUGACAGUUAUUGACAAUAAAAUAUGCUGUGUCUGCAUAUUUAUACUGAACCUAAGUUGGUGUACACAUCACAAGAAAGGGGAAGCAAAAUUCAGAGGUCUUUGUAUUGUCCUAUUCUGAAAAGUAAGGUACAAAUAUAAAAUAGGGCUGUUUUAAUUGUUUGAAAUGUGUACCAGUCCAGCUAAUGCUAACAAUGAUAAAAUGUCAUAUCAGUGAGCUGGAAAUUGCACCUUUAGCUAAGUAUUUAACAUGUAUAAACUACUUAGUAUGGUAUUGAACUCUGUAUUUUUCCAUAUACUGUAAAAGGCAGAUGAGAUGGUGGCAAAUGAUUCCUUUUCUAGUAAAAAUGGAAACUAAAAUGCUGCAUGUUGACCUAAAUUAUUAUGUAAAAAGAGACUUGUCCAGCAGUGUUGAAGCUGUUGCAAUGCAUUAGUGAAUGCUCAGGGUAUUGCUUUUAGGGGGGUUUUCCUAGCCAGCCUCCCACUACAGAGAAUUUAAAAAUACAUAUACACACAGUAACUCCUGUGGAGGUAGCAUCCAAAGGAAAGACAUGAUCUUGUACUCCCUCUACUGGAUAAGUAGCAAGCACUAUUCUCAGCUCUAUGCUGCCAUAAUCAGUGAUGACAGUGCUUAAACAAGCAUGAAAAUAUUAAUUCAUGACCCUGAAUUGCUGAUUCCUCCUGCAGCACCCCGAGGGCUUCAAUGUUCUUUGCCACACCAGGACUAUGGAACAGCACAUGAAAUGUAGUUUGCUCCAUAGACCUAACUCACUGGGCAGCAAUUAAUCCAGUGCCACAUUGGAAACUUAAAAAAAAGUUUCCCCAACAGUCAAAGUGCAAAAUGGGAAGGGAGAUGUAUUUUAUCCUUAAGCUUUUAAACAGUUGUUACAGUUAAAAAAAAAUCUAUUAAGAAUACUAGAUUGCUUUCCUUCCAAGAAUGUGAACGUUUGAACACACCAAAAGAUCAUAAAAUUAUGUAGUAAGUUUCCAUCCAUCAACGAGUUUUCUCUUGUUGUACAAAAAAAAGGAAUUCAAUACAAAAAUAUGAAACGUUAUUCAAAAUGCACCAGAGAAACCUAUCUAUUCAGUUCAGAAUGGUUUCUUAAAAGGAUCAGGGCUAGAUUUUGCCCCAUUGAAAAAGGUGCAGGGAAAUGACUUGCAGGAGCAAGGCAAGCAGAAUUUUGGCACUCAAGCU